GGGGGGGUCGCGGGGCCGGGGAAGGUGCGCAGCCGGUGCUCGGCCAGGGGUCCGGGGCCGGUGCGGAGCCAGGGGCGGUGCGGGGCUGCUCCCGCCCGUGGCCCCUCCCGACCGCUCGGCUCCUCCCGCCCGCCGGCCCCGGCGAUAUUUAACCUGGGCCGGGGCGGAGAGAGACGGCGCCGAACAGGGACCGGCCGGACCCCACCGCACCCCGACCCCAGCCCCGACCCCGGCCAGGUACCGCCGGGACCCCGCACCGCCCGCGGGCUGCGGGACGGGGAGGGAGCGGAGCGAGGGCCGGACGGACAGAAGGGGCGGGGCCCGACCGGCCCCCAGCGCGACCCCCGCGCCGAGCCCCCCGACCCCCCGCCCCGUCUGUCCCGCAGCCGCCGCCGCCCCGUCGCGGCCCGUCGGGCCAUGCGAGCCCCGGCCCCGCUGGCGCUGGGUUGCGUCAGCUUCGCGCUGUGUCUGCUGGAGCUGCCCCGCGGCCGGGCCCUGCCGCCCCGCAGGGACUCGCCGGCCCGGAGACCCCCGGAGCUGAUCCCUUCUCUUCUCGGGGACCCCCCUGGCCCCGAGCCCCCCGCGCUGCUGCUGCCGCCCGCCAGGACCCCCCGGCACCGACCCCCGGACCCCCGGCACCGACCCCCGGACCCCCGGCACCGACCCCCGGACCCCCGGCACCGAUCCCCGGCCCACCGGCACCGACCCCCGGACCCCCGGCACGGCCCGUGGGUCGCCCCCCGGCACAGACUGCUCGCCCGCCGCAGGCCCCCGUGGCGCGUCCAGCGCCUCCUCCUGCGGCACGACCGGCGGCGGGACCCUCGGCGGGACCCCCGGCACCGGCGGCACACCGGGGGGCACCCGGUGCGGGUGGGCUGCGUGCUGGGCACGUGCCAGGUGCAGAACCUGAGCCACCGCCUGUGGCAGCUGCGGGGCCAGUCGGGGCGCCGGGACUCGUCCCCCAUGAACCCCAACAGCCCCCACAGCUACGGCUGAGCGGGGGGGGGGCCCCGCGCCCCCCGCCCUGCCCCGCGGGACCCACUAAAGCGCUUCCACGGGCACACGCGGCUGGGCUCCUCCGCACCGGCCGUCUGAGGCCACGCCGGGGGCUGGGGGGGUCCCCGGGGGGCUCCUGCCGUGAGAACCUCCUGAGCCGGACCCCAGGGAGCAGAGAGGACCCGGAGCUGGGAGAUGGUGGCCAGCGGUGGUCCAUGGUGGGCUGUGAUGCCCCGCAGGAGCUGGCGGUGGCCCGAGGUGGCCCAUCGCUGAGUGAUGGUGGCCCGUGGUGACCGAGGUCACCCGUGGUGGCCAGCCGUGGCCCACAGUGACCGGCAGUGGCCCAUAGUGACUGGUGGUGGCCCGCAGUGACUCUUGGUGGCUCAGGGUGGCCCCUGGUGGUGGCCCGUGGUGACCCGCGCUGUCUGGCAGUGGCCGGUCCGUCCGGGGCGGGUCCAAGGGCCACCGGGGAUCCCGCUGAGCGCAGCAGCGCCGGCGCCUUGUGCAAGACCCCCCGGCCACGCUGCCCCCGGCCGCGGUCCCGCUGACUCAGCAAUCCAGUGCCUGCCACGGCCCGCACGGACACACCCCCGUGACACCCCCAGAGCACUCCCGUGACACCCCCAGGGCACCCCCAGCACCUCUUGUCCUCCCCCGGGAUCCCCGGGCCUGCCCAGGGUGGGACGGCUGCUCCUGUCCCUGCCCUGUCCCCUCCCCGUCCCCUGGCUCACCCUCGGGGACACCCACACUGUGUCCCCACGGGCUCAGUGGGGGCUGGCACGGGGGGGAGGCCCACGGACAUGAGGGAACCCUGGUUAUCUCUGUCACCCCAGAGUGCUGGUGUCACCCCAGUGGCACCCUGUGGCCUGGUGGGACAGGGAUGUGUGACCCCAGGUCACCCUCCCAAAGUCCCAUCCUGGGAGCAACUUGGGCAGCCCCCCAGGAGCACCCCCAGCCCCCCAGGAGCACCCCCAACCCCACCACAGAGCACCCCAGCCCCAACACAGAGCACACUCAGCCCCUCAGAGCAACCCAAUCCCCAGGAGCACCCCAGUCCCCCCCAAGCACCCCUAAUCCCUCAGGAACACCCCUAAUCCCUCAGGAACAUCCCAAUCCCCCAGAGCACCCCUAUUCCCCGGAGCCCCCAGCCCUCAGCAGUCCCGGGGGCUGCCCUGGGUCCCCCUCUCCUCCUUCCCGGGGCAGGAUGGGGUGUCCCAUGGGCUUCCCAGCAUGUUCCUGGGACAGGGGUGCCACGGGGGGGGCUGGAACAGGGUGUCCCAUGAGUUUCUUGGGACGGGGGGGUCACCUGGAGCCGCGCCCCUUCCAUGGGUGUCACGGGAGGUCGCUGGGUCGGGAUCCCCUCGGUGUCACGGGAGGCCCCCAGGACAGGAUCCCACGGGUGCCACCCGGAGCCACGUCGUUCCCACGGGUGUCCCAGGAGGCUCCAGCGAAGGGGUGGGGGGGACCCGAGGGGCGCGUGGGGACCGUCACCCCCUCGCCCCCUCCCCCGGGUGCCCCGGCGGGUGCCUGACCCGAUCGUGUCGCGCAUCUCGGAGCGUCGCUGCUUCCCGCCGGGAAUUCUGGUCUGUGUGGAAUAAAGCGAGUGAGGAGGA